UGAUGUAGUCAUGGCAACCACUCCAAAUGAUAGGAGCUGAUGCUGUUGUGGCGACAGGUCAGGUGGAUGAUGCUGAGCAGGAGACAUUUGGCCAUCCUCUGUGUGGGCCUGGCAAGUGUGUUCUUGUAUAGCGAAUAUGUCAUCUACUACAUAGCCAUAUGGCAGUGUUCCUGGCCACAUCUUGAACCUGAAGGACCUGCCUCUGUUGCAGCUCAGAAAGGACGGGACAGCACCAAUCCACAUCAGCCUAUCAGGGUGCUGUUUCUUGCUGACACCCACCUCCUUGGUAGUAGGCUAGGGCACUGGUUUGAUCGACUCAGAAGGGAGUGGCAGAUGGAGAGGUCGUUCCAGACGGCCGUGUCCGUCCACCAGCCUCAUGCCGUUUUCGUGCUGGGGGACUUGCUGGACGAGGGGAAAUGGUGCAGCGACAAGGAAUUCUGGGAGGAGUAUCUGGUUAGAUCCAGACGUAUGUUUCGUCACAAUGCAGACCUCCAGUUCCAUGUGGUCGUGGGAAACCAUGACAUAGGCUUCCAUUAUGAUGUUACAAGACAGAAACUGAACAGGUUUCAAAAGGCUUUCAACCUGUCAGCUGUCACCACAGUUACCAUUCAAGGAAACAUGUUCCUGUUAGUGAACAGUGUGGCACUAGAUGAGGAUGGUUGUUUUAUGUGUGCUGCAGCAGAGGACCAGCUGAAGGACAUCUCUUUCUCUCUCAACUGUUCUCGGGGGCUUGGUGGUGAGGAGAAUGAUGGGAAAAUGCAGUGUAGGAAUGCUCACAAGCUACCAAAUACUGCCCCCAUUUUGCUAAUGCACUACCCCUUGUACAGAAACUCAGAUGCCAACUGCACUGGUCCUGACUCUGCACCCAAUAAUGAGAAGUAUACUACAUUCAAGGCUCGAUAUGAUGUGGUAUCAAAAUCUGCAUCGCAAAAGCUGCUGUGGUGGUUGCAGCCCAGACUUGUCCUGACUGCCCACAUCCACCACGGCUGUGUGGUUCACCACCCGGAUGGAACCCUGGAGCACACCCUGCCCUCCUUCAGCUGGAGGAACAGAAACAAUCCCAGUUUCCUCAUGGCCUCGAUCCACCCCACUGGCUAUUCCCUGACUAAGUGCUUCUUACCAGAAGAGAGCUCUGUUAUCGUCCUUUAUGUCAUAUCAAUUCUGCUGAUGUUAAUAUGGACAUGUUCAAAAGUCAGACAACGCAGAAGAGUCUUCCUAUCAAAGCUGAUGUAGCACAUAUAGGGCAGCAAAAACCACAGAACUCUAUAUACACCUGUCAUGCAACACUUUGUAAAAAGUUUGUACCACUGCCUUGUAUACAGAUAAUGUGUCAUAAACCUUGUGUACUACUUAGUAGUAUUAUGUAUAUGCAACAUUUGCUUUUGCUGUGCAGCCUGAGGCUGCCUGCCGGAAAGAGAUUGGGUGGUUCUUCAAUAUAAGCCCUGCUAAAGCUACAAGCAGCUAAUCCCGUUGUGGGCAUAGGCUAUAGCUUAAUUUAUGUCAUACCUGUGACGCGAAAAUGUUACAGGUGUUCCGGACCGGGCCAUAACUUCCGUAUCAGACCGGUUCGAAAGGCGUAUCACACAGGCUCCAUUUGAAUAC